UUCCCGCUCUUGAUCUUUUUGCCUUGGCUCAGAGAUCCCGGCAUCCUGAGUUUGAAAAUGCUCCCAAAUGGCAAUGGGUGCUGGGGAAACUUUUCCAAGGUCGACGUUUGCGGGACUUCUUCAAGGCAGGCCUAGGCUUCGGUGUGCUAUCAGCAACAGAAGCGGGGGCCGAGGACUUGCACUUGGCGCUUCAGCUCAACCUGUGGCGACGGCGUCGUCUUCAGGGCGAGGAGUCUCCACUUCAAGGUGCCUGGAUCCAAGAUCUAACGAUCCUCCACUCCAGGAGAUCAACGGUCCACCAUCAGCCAAGAGGAGCGAUUGCCGUGGCUGCUCAACCACGAAGGUUCGUGGCAUGGUCUGCUUAUGUCUGUAUGGGCUUUGUGCUGAGGACACCUUCAUGGGCAAAUGGCUAUGAGACUUCGAUGUCAAGGAGAUUCCUCGUCGCUGUCUUCACCGGCUCCGCGUAGCUGAGGAUCUUGGCCAAUGUCAUGAUAAAGGUCCUAAGCAGCGGUGGGGAUGAC